ACGCCGAUGGUGGACGCAGGGGCUCGGGUGGCUCGAGCGAGCCCCUCCUCGACAUGGCUGGCCGCGAGAACUCUUGGAGCGAGUACGAGGCCCUCAACGCCCUGGGCUCGGCUGCCGUUAGUCCAGGCUCGACGCCACCCAACCAGCAGACUUCGGCGCCGAGGGUCUACUUUCACGCGGAGAAUCUGGCCUCGACGAGGCGCAGGAGUAGCUGCAGGGUCUUUGGGCCCCAGGCGUCCUACAGGAGGAGGAGCAGGAGCAUGAGCGCCUGGAGCGACCUGUCGCGAUCGUCCAUCAGGUUCGACGAGAGAAAUAAAAUUUAUUUGUAUGAAUAG